AUGAGCCCCAAGAACGUCAUUUUCAAAAAAGCCUGCAAGGACAAAUCGGUUGCCGUGUACAUGGGCAGACGAGAUUUUAUAGAUCAUGUCGGCUCAGUGGAUCCAGUAGAUGGCGUCGUUCUGAUCGACCCUGAACUGCUGAAAGGAAGAAAAGCGUACGUCACCCUGUCCUGCGUGUUCCGGUACGGGCGGGACGACAUGGACGUGAUGGGGAUAGCGUUUCGGAGAGACAUUUACCUGUCCACCAGGCAGAUCUACCCGCCCCUGCAGGACAAGGAGCAGUGUACCCUGACCAAAGUGCAGGAAAAACUACUGCGCAAGCUGGGUCACAACGCGUACCCCUUUUUCUUUGAAGUUCCUGAUAAUCUGCCGUGCUCGGUGGGACUGCAGCCGGCUCCUACUGACGUUGGCAAGCACUGUGCCGUCGAGUUCGAGGUGAAGGUUUUCAGUGCAGAGAACCCCGACGCCAAAGUCCGCAAGCGGAGUACGGUGCGUCUGAUGAUCCGGAAAGUCCAGUACGCUCCAGAGAAACCCGGCCCGGCGCCAUCAGUCGCCGUCACGCGCGACUUUCUGAUGUCCGACAAACCUCUGCACGUGGAGGCCAGUCUGCAGAAGCAGACUUAUUAUCACGGGGAGCCGAUUAAGGUUCGAGUCAACAUCAAUAACGAGUCCAACAAGACCGUGAGGAACAUCGUCCUUUCUGUGGAUCAGAUAGCCACGGUUGUUCUGUACUCUAACGACAGCUACAUGAAAUCAGUGGCCAUAGAGGAUUCUGGGGACUCUUUGGGACCGGGGGGUAAAAUGGAGAAGGUGUACACGCUGCUCCCCUUGCUGGCCAAUAACAAAGAGAGGCGAGGCAUCGCGCUAGACGGUAAACUCAAGCACGAAGACACCAACCUGGCGUCCACCAGCAUCGUUAAAGAGGGCGUCCUGAAGGAGGUGUUAGGAAUUCUGGUGUCCUACCGAGUGGUGGUGAAGCUCAUCGUGGGCGGCCUGAUGGGAUCCAGUGAGGUGGGCUUGGAGCUGCCGUUCCAGCUCAUGCACUCGAAGCCUGACACAGUAAGAGAAAGCGAGCUGGACGAGGAGAUGGUGUUCGAGGAGUUUAAACGCUCCAACCUGAAGGGCAUGACGGAGGACGAGGAGGAGGGAAAUAUUUCUGCUGGUGAACCAUGA